AUGAGUCCUGAAAACUGGACUCGGGUAACAGGGUUCGUUCUUCUGGGUUUCCCAAGAAGUCACAUCCUACAGUUCCUGUUGGUCCUGGGGUUGAUGGUGACCUACAGCCUAACGGCCACAGGCAACCUGCUUAUUACUGGGCUCAGCUGGACCAGCCGACACCUGCACACACAGAUGUACUUCUUCCUGAGCAACCUGUCCUUCCUGGAGCUGUUGCUCGUGUCUGUUGUGGUUCCCAAGAUGCUCGUCAUCAUUCUCACAGGGGAUCACUCCAUCUCAUUUGCCAGCUGCAUCCUCCAGUCCUACCUCUACUUCCUCCUAGGUACCACCAACUUCUUCCUCUUAGCUGUCAUGUCUCCGGAUCGUUACUUGGCAAUCUGCCGUCUCCACUAUGAGACUCUGAUGAGUGGUCGUGUCUCUUCCCAAGGCAUCCUGGCCUUCUGGCUAGCUGACUUCCUCUGGGUCCUUUGUCCCACCAUUCUCAUGGCCAACCUACUUUUCUGUGGCCCUAACGGUAUUGACCACUUCUUCUGUGACAGCUGGCCUUUGCUGAGGCUCUCUUGUGGAGACACCCGCCACCUGGAGCUGGUGGCUUUCGUGCUCUCCACGUCCGUGUUAGUGGGCUCCCUGGCACUGAUCUCGGUUUCCUACGCCUGCAUUCUGGCCACUGUUUCCAGGGCCCCCACAGCUGCAGAGCGAAAGAAGGCAUUCUCUACUUGUGCCUCACAUCUGACCGCGGUCGUCACUGUCUACGGAAGCUCCAUUUUUCUCUACAUCCGUAUGUCAGGCGCUCAGUCCACGCGGCUCAACAAAGGUGCCUCAGUCCUGCGCUGUAUCGUCACACCCCUCCUGAACCCAUUCAUCUUCAGUCUCCGCAAUGAGAAGGUGAAGCAGGCGCUGAGCGAUGUGCUGAGGUGGCACAGAGCCAUGGCUGCAGGAGACUGCGAGGGUCACAAGUAA